AAACCCAACAAUCUUUGAAAACAAAUCACCCUUUCGUUUUUAUUUAAAUUUCUUGGGUCGUUUCUUAAAUUUGUAUGUGUUUAUUAAUGGAGAUCAACAAUAAUGCCAACAAUACUAAUACUAAUAAUAAUCACAAGGCAAAGAUGAUGAGCCUUGUGUUGUCAACGGAUGCUAAGCCAAGAUUGAAAUGGACUUGUGAUCUUCAUCACAAAUUCAUCGAAGCCGUUAAUCAACUUGGAGGACCUAACAAAGCAACACCUAAGGGUUUGAUGAAGGUUAUGGAGAUUCCUGGGCUUACCUUAUACCAUCUCAAGAGUCAUUUACAGAAAUAUCGGUUAGGGAAAAGCAUGAAGUUCGAUGAUAACAAGCUUGAAGCAGUUUCCUCUGCUUCAGAAAACCAAGAAGCUGAGAGUAAAAAUGAUUCUAGAGAUCUCCGAGGCUGCAGUGUCACAGAAGAAAACAGCAAUCCAGCUAAAGAAGGGUUGCAAAUCACAGAGGCUUUACAAAUGCAGAUGGAAGUUCAGAAGAAACUUCAUGAACAAAUCGAAGUUCAGAGGCAUUUGCAGGUGAAGAUUGAGGCACAAGGCAAGUAUUUACAAUCUGUUUUAAUGAAAGCUCAACAAACUCUCGCUGGCUACACAUCUUCAAAUCUCGGCAUGGACUUUGCGAGAACCGAGCUCUCUCGAUUAGCUUCAAUGGUGAACAGAGGCUGUCCAAGUUCUUCAUUCUCAGAGCUAACGCAAGUAGAAGAAGAGGAAGAAGCAGAAGAAGGUUUCUUGUGGUGCAAGAAACCAGAAAACAGAGGAAUUAGUCAGCUGAGAUGUUCAGUAGAGAGCUCGUUGACAUCUUCAGAGAGCUCAGAGAUAAAAUUGGAAAUUGACAAUAACCUUAAUAAAUCGAUCGAGCUUCCGUUGAUGGAGAUCAAAUCGGAAGUGUUAACAGGGAAGAAAAGAAGCUUAAACGACGCCGUUUGCGUUGAACAGCAGCCUCUAAUGAAGAGGGCUUUUGAAGUUGAUGAUGAUGAGCACUUGAGGUUGAGUUUGAAUAGUUACAAGAAAGACAUGGAGACGUGUCCGAACAUAGGACUAGGGUUUAAUUGAAAAAAGUAAACAUUUUACUAAAGU